AUACGCGCGCACACACACGGUAUAUAAACCCGAGAUUCACGAAUGAUAUAUUAGUAAAAAAAACAGAUUGGACACUUUGGACAGCAGAAGGAUAAAUGGGUGGCUGGUCAGUGGAAGGACGCAGUGGUUUUGGAGACAGAGCCUCUCUGGAGGUGUGUCCGAGGACGUUUCUUUCUCUUGGCUCCCCGAUGCCGGUUCUUCUCGAUCUCCUGUCUUAGCACUCGCCGAUUCAGACGACUCGGUUUUGUUUUCUUGUGCCACCGUGCCUUUAUCUACUUUUGGGAUAUCUGGAGAACUCUAAAGCGACGCAUACGCACGCACACACACACACACACACACGCGCGCAUACGCACACGCGCGCGGCGUCAUGAAGUUCAAACCCAACCAGACGCGAACGUACGACGGUGAGGGCUUCAAGCAGCGCGCGGCGUGUCUGUGCUUCAGGAACGAGCGCGAGGAUGAGGUGUUGCUGGUGAGCAGCAGUCGUCACCCGGACCAGUGGAUCGUUCCUGGGGGAGGAAUGGAGCCAGAGGAAGAGCCGUGUGGAGCAGCAGUGAGGGAGGUUUAUGAAGAAGCUGGAGUGAAGGGGAAACUGGGUCGCCUCCUGGGUGUGUUUGAGCAUAAUCAGGACAGGAAGCAUCGCACAUACGUGUAUGUCCUGACGGUGACAGAGACUCUGGAAGCCUGGGAGGACUCGGUCAAUAUCGGUCGAAAGCGAGAGUGGUUCCCAGUGGAGGAGGCUAUAAAGAUCCUGCAGAGCCACAAGCCUGUCCAUGCGGAGUACCUGAGACAUCUUCAGCUCAGCUGCUCCAGCAGCAACAACGGCAACAUCCUACUUCCUCCUUCACCUCCAAACGACAACGCAGCCCGAGCUGCAGCAUGCAGAUAGAACUGCUGGCUAUUUAAUUUUCUCACGUGCAUUCCCUCCAGGCUCAAAUCUCUGGAUCUGUACAAACAUACAUACACACACACACACACACACACACACACGGACAUGUUCCUGGAUGGGCCGAGAUUUUUUUUAAAAGUGCUUUUGUUUUAAGGACUUUGUUAAAAAUGCCUUAAUUUUAUUUUUUUUUUUUUAUCAUUCAUUUUGUUUUCACUUGCUUUUAUUAUUCAUGAUUAUGUCUACAAAUUACACGUCUGUCAGCUUUACAAACUAAAUCAACAACUGAACUCCCUUUACCUCACCUCCCCAGAUGACCCCGGCACAUCCUGGGGAUAAUGGAGUUGUUCUAUGGACCUGGUGCCUGCUGUUUUAAAGGAGCCAUUUGUAAUUUUUAAUACCCUGUGCUGUCUGCUUGGCAAAUGAAACGCAAGUUGGGACCCGAAAAAAAUGUACAUUUUCAGGGAGCCUGAAAUGAAGACAAACCUCAUCUAUUGCAUAGCAGUGUUGUGACCCACUGUUUUCCCAACAUAUCUUUGAUAUAUAAUUAGCAUUGAAGUUCCAGAAACACCUUUCAAUAUUACAAACUGCACAUUUUAAUUGGAGAGAAAUGGAAAAUGGUCAUAUUUUGGUUCUUUUUUUUUAUUCUGGAUUUUUCCAGUGUGAGUCUUCAGCCUGCUCUGUGUUUAUUUUAUUAUUAGUUUGUAAGUCUGUUAUUAGUACUGCUACAUUGAUUACCUCUGAAAACCAUCCCUUUAAUUGCUAGCCCUUUAACACUAGUCUGGAGCAGGCCAGGGCAGAUUUAGACUGGCAGGACUUUUAAAAAGAAUCACAUGGUAUUGCUAUGUGAACCGAAAGCGUUGAGUAUUAAGUAAGAUCAGUUAAAGUAAUGUCUUAAAUUCAAAUGUUCAAGCUAAUUUUAUUCCAUUAGAAGUGCUAGGAUUCUAACAAGCAAGGAAUGCUAAAAACACCCCCUACACUUAUUUUAUGACUAAAAGGCCCAAAUUAUAUAUAAAUGGCACUAAUUCAAUGUAUAAUACUGUAUAAAUUUCCUCCAACCAAG